UGAUCGUCGUCAAUAAUGAAAAUAAUCCAGUCACGGGUUUCGUGCCCGAAAAGGUGGUCGCUACUGUACAAGAUGGUGGCGAGAACGACAUUAGUUUUACUCUUAGCAUGCGUCUGCACAAACGCGAUUCCUCGAACGCCACCAGUUUUGAGGAACACCAUAUUUGCAGACGAGCGCGUUGAAGGAGGUGUCUUCGAAAAUGUUGAUGCUUUCGACAACAUUGAACUGAGCCCACGCAACGCAACCUCCCCGUACAGAUUACCUACCACCACGAAACCCAUCCACUAUGAUGUCGUCUGGCAUAUCGACAUCAACAACCUGCAGUACCAAGGCAGUGUUGACAUUCAGAUCCAAGCCACGAAGUCCAACGUUAGCCAAAUCGUGAUACACUACGAUCACAUGCCAUCCAACCCAUCGGUCACAUUGCGACUUGGAGCCAAUACAAUUCAAACUUCCUACGAACUUGAACCAGCAUAUCAGUUCCUGAAAAUCAACCUGUUGAAUAAUGCCGUCCUCCAGUAUACUGAAAAUGCGCAAACCCAGACUACGUAUCUUCUUACAGUGGAAUUCGGUUUCACCCCAAUGCGUACUGACAUGUAUGGAAUCUACAGAAGUUGGUUUAAAAAUGCUCACAAUCAGGCAGAACAAUGGAUGGCGUCAACUCAGUUCCAGGCAACUGCUGCUCGCUACGCCUUCCCUUGCUAUGACGAACCUGGCUUCAAGGCCACUUUCAAAGUAACAAUCAGACGUCCUACAAAUUUGAAAAGUUGGUUCUGCACACUUCGCGAAUCAACCACACCGAGCGUUGUAACUGGUUACACAGACGACGUGUAUCAAAUAACCCCGGUCAUGUCCACCUACCUCUUGGCACUGAUUGUCGCCGAUUAUGAAUCUGAUUCUGUUUCUAACAACAACGGUAUUCUUCAACACGAAGUCAUUGCGAGACCUGGAGCCAUGUCAGCAGGCCAAGGAAAGUACGCAUUAGAAACCGGCAUUAGUCUAUUGAAUAUGAUGAACAACCACACCGCUUACAACUUUUACGACCAGAGCCCAUCCCUGAAAAUGACUCAAGCGGCCAUCCCAGACUUUGGAGCCGGCGCUAUGGAGAACUGGGGCUUGCUUACAUACAGGGAAGCUUACUUGAUGUUAGACGACAACCACACCAACAGUUACUACAGGCAGCUGAUCGCUUACAUCCUUUCGCACGAGAUCGCUCACAUGUGGUUCGGUAACCUGGUCACGAACCAAUGGUGGGAUGUUCUUUGGCUGAAUGAAGGUUUCGCCAGAUACUACCAGUACUUCCUUACUGAAUGGACGGUAGGCAUGGGCUUGGGGACUCGGUUCAUCACUGAACAAGUUCACACAUCCCUGCUCUCGGACUCGUCCAACAACCCUCAACCCCUGACCAACCCUGGAGUGGGUAGCCCGGCUGCCGUCAGCGCCAUGUUCUCAACCAUCACGUACAAUAAGGGAGCAGCAGUCAUCAGGAUGACUGAGCAUCUUCUCGGCAGCGUUGUUCAUACAACUGGACUCAGGAAUUACCUGAAAAAGCAUCAUUUCGGCUUAGCUUCGCCUCAAGACCUUUUCGACGCUUUGGAUGAUGCUGGUACCAACGCCGGUGCCUUCACAGCUUACGGCAAUGACUUCAGCUUAUCAGAAUACUACAGGAGUUGGACCGAACAGCCUGGACACCCCGUGCUCUUUGUCUACGUCGACCAUGCAUCUGGUGAAAUGACUAUUACUCAGCGUCGUUUCAACAUCAACACUGGUAUAUCUUCGAGAAACACGAACUACGUCGUACCAAUUACUUUUGUGACUGGCGCUAACCCUGACUUCUCUAACCCCAAACCCACUCAUAUCAUGAGGAAGAGCAGCAUCAAGAUCAAUCGCCAGGUGACUGGUGACCACUGGGUACUCUUCAACACCCAACAAACUGGAUUCUACCGCGUGAACUACGAUGAUUACACUUGGGAUCUGAUCAUUCAGGCUCUGAGAGGCCCGGACCGGACUAAAAUUCACGAGUACAACAAAGCACAGAUCGUCAACGAUGUCUUCCAAUUCGCUCGUUCUGGCCUUAUGUCCUACGAACGCGCGUUCAACAUUCUUUCGUUCCUGCAAUUUGAGACUGAAUACGCUCCAUGGGUUGCCGCUUUGACUGGAUUCUCCUGGAUUAGAAACCGUCUUGCAAACAACCCCACCGAACUCGCACAGAUCAAUACCAGAAUUCAGCAAUGGUCAGCUGAAAUUAUGGGACAACUCGGGUACACUCCUAUUGCUGGAGAGGAGUUCAUGCGCUCUUACUUACGAUACCAAAUGGCGCCAGUGAUGUGCAAUAUCGGCGUAUCUGCUUGUUUGACCGCUGCUAACACUCAGUUCAACAAUCUGAGACAAAAUAAUGUUGAAGUGCCAGUUGACAACCGCAACUGGGUAUACUGCAAUGCUCUCCGCAAUGGCAAUCAAGAAGACUACAACUUCUUAAGAACUAGGUUCUUCCAACACAAUGUUUACACAGAAAAGAUUCUGAUCCUCGGCAUCCUUGGUUGUACCACACACGAGGCGUCUCUCAAUUCGUUCAUGAACGAAAUCGUAUCAGAUAACUUUAUUAUCCGUCCUCAAGAUUACAAUUCUGCUUUCAACUCUGCUGUUACGGGCAACGAAAUUAACACUCAAAGAGCCUUUAGAUUUGUCCAGGAUAAUUUGCCAAGGAUUAUUUCUGCAUUCGGAAGUCCAGUUACCCCUCUUUCAUACAUAUCAUCAAGAUUGAGGACUAAUGCCGAAGUUCAAGCUUUCCAAACCUGGGCUACCGCAAAUCAGGCUACCUUAGGUACUCACUACAACUCAGUGCUCCAAGGUGUCCAAAACAGUGUUGAGAGCAUUCAAUGGGUUUCUGAAGUUCAAGAGGACUUGAACUCAUACUUCGUGAAUGGUGACGCUCCCAUUUCCACCACAACCAGUACUCAAGCACCAGUUACAGUGCAGGUGACUUCUACCCGCGUGCCUUUCGUGAACCCAGGCACACCAACGCUGCCCGUGGCUGACUCAGCAGCCACUUCUCUCGUGUCCAUCUGCCUACUAGCCGUAGCUGCCAUCGCAAACAUUAUUUUGUAAACACUAACUGCCAUAUAAUUAGUACUCCAUAAAAGAAAAGUAAGUCAGUAGGCAAAUUGUACAUUCUUUUGUUAUUGUACAAUGUACAGCCUGUCCCGUUUAAAUGUAAAGGAAUGUUUAUGAAAGAAGAAAUGCAAGUAAAAGUGCUGUUUUUCACAUACAGCUGAACUUUGAUCAAUAUGGAUUAAGAUAAGAUUGUGUUAAGUAAGCAUUACAGACAAGUUAAUUUAAUAUUGUAAAUUAUUGAAAAUAUAUUUAUAUUUUGUUAAA